AUGGUCUCUUUUGAAAUCCUACAUUAUCUUAAGCGGAAGCAAGUGGGCAAGGAUGGGUUUAUGGCGUUGAAAUCGGAUUUAAGUAAAGCCUAUGAUAGAGUGGAUUGGCAUUUCUUGUGUGUUAUGCUUACUCGGAUGGGAUUCGUUGAUAAAUGGGUUUGUCUUAUCUUUGGAUGCUUGUCCUCGGUACAGUACCAGAUUGUGAGUAGUGACCGAACUAUGGGUCCUAUUGUGCCUAGUAGAGGCCUCCGACAGGGAGACCAUAUAUCACCAUAUCUUUCUUUGGUGUGUGUUGAAGCUUUUUCUACUCUUAUUCGCAAAUUUGAAAAGAGGAAGUGGCUGCAUGGUUGUAAAGUGGCUAAUGGAGCGCCUAGUGUCUCUCGUAUGCUCUUUGUAGAUGACAGUUUUUUGUAUUAUAAGGCGACUAAUGGAGAGAUGAAUCGGGUUCUUCAGUUACUUAGGAUGUUUGCUACUGCAACGGGACAACAUGUUAAUUUUCGAAAGUCUUCUGUCUUUUUUAGCACUAAUACUUCAUCUAAUAUGCGACAGACCAUCUGUACUACUCUGGGAAUUCAUGAAGCGACUGAGCACAAUAAGUACUUGGGGUUGCCGAGUAUUGUUGGCAGGAAUUAA